UACGCGCUGCUCAACUUUUUUUGGGUUUUCUUCUGGAGGUUACAGCGCUUUUGUUGGACAUUUCUACCCCCGCCCCGGAUCACCAGAAUGGACUGCUGAACGGGACAGCGCUGCGCAAAAGCCGACCCUAAGUCCGCCGUAAGCUGAUUUGAGUGUUUAAUUGAUUCGUUGCCCGAGUUUCUUUACGCGUCGAAGGAGGGAAAAAUGCCAGUAGCGACACUUUUGCCCUUCACCGCCACCCCAAGUAGGAAGUCUGCCAGUCCGACCUCCUUCAGACUGACGGAGAAAUUCAUUUUGCUGUUGGUGUUCAGCGCGUUUAUUACUCUGUGUUUCGGCGCGAUUUUCUUCCUGCCGGAUUCGUCGAAGCUGUUGAGCGGAGUUUUCUUCCACUCGUCCGCGGUGGAGACGAACACUCGCACAGGUACGGACAGCGGCGUCCCCAACGUGGCCGCCGGCAGCGACGAGAAGAUGUUGGUCAAGAUCAGGAAAGACCACGAAAAGGCUCUGAUCGAAGCCAAGGACACGCUCCACAAGCGCCCCGACGAAAUCAAAGAGGACAUCAGAAACGAGAAGGAGAGGAUUGCCCUGGAGAGUAUCGGUCAAGGUGGGAAGGACGUCAAUCAUUUGCCCUUCAUUGAAUACAAACGGCCGCCCGGAGCGACGGGACGCGAGCCCUCCGAUCCCGAAACCAAGGAAAGACGGGCUAAAGUCAAGGAGAUGAUGAAGCACGCAUGGGACAGCUACAAGCGGCACGCCUGGGGUUCCAAUGAGCUCAGGCCCGUCUCCAAGCAAGGCCACUCCAGCAAUCUUUUUGGGAGUAUAAAGGGAGCAACUAUAGUGGACGCUCUGGACACCCUGUACGUCAUGGAGAUGUACGAAGAGUUUGAAGCUGCGACCGACUGGGUAGAGAGGAACCUUGACUUCAAUGUGAAUGCGGAGGUGUCGGUGUUCGAGGUGAACAUCCGCUUUGUGGGAGGCCUGCUGUCUGCCUACUACCUGUCUGGGAAGGAGGUGUUUCGGAGAAAGGCUGUUGAAUUGGGAGAAAAGCUGCUACCCGCCUUCAAAACCCCCACCGGCAUUCCCUGGGCCCUGCUCAACCUUAAGAGUGGGAUCGGUAGGAACUGGCCGUGGGCGUCCGGUGGUAGCAGCAUCCUGGCGGAGUACGGCACCCUGCAUCUGGAGUUUGUGCACCUCAGCAAGCUCUCCGGAAAUCCUGAUUUUGCCCAGAAGGUAAUGAACAUUCGUAAGGUCUUAAAUCGUCUGGACAAACCCCAGGGACUGUACCCCAAUUAUCUGAACCCCAACAGUGGCCAGUGGGGACAACACCACGUGUCAGUGGGCGGCCUUGGGGACAGUUUCUAUGAGUACCUCCUCAAAGCCUGGCUGAUGUCGGAUAAGACUGACGAGGAAGGGAAGAAGAUGUACUACGAUGCCUUGCAGGCCAUAGAGACCAACCUGAUGAGGAAGUCCAGCAGUGGGCUGACCUACAUAGCAGAGUGGAAGGGAGGGCUGCUGGAGCAUAAGAUGGGCCACCUGACAUGUUUUGCAGGGGGCAUGAUCGCCCUGGGUGCAGACGGGGCACCCAGUGACAAGACAGGCCACCAAAUGGAGCAGGCCGCUGAGAUAGCCCGUACCUGCCAUGAGUCCUACGCUCGGACUGCGCUGAAGCUGGGCCCAGAGGCGUUUCGUUUUGAUGGGGGAGUGGAGGCCAUUGCCACGCGUCAGAAUGAGAAGUACUUCAUCCUCCGUCCGGAGGUCAUUGAGACCUACAUGUACAUGUGGAGGUUUACCCAUGACCCCAAAUACAGAGAGUGGGGCUGGGAGGCUGUUCAGGCCCUGGAGCAGCACUGUAAGGUAGAGGGAGGCUACAGCGGGAUAAGAGAUGUCUACGCCACCACUCCAAACCACGACGAUGUACAACAAAGCUUCUACUUGGCUGAGACGCUCAAGUACCUGUACCUGUUGUUCUCCGAUGACGACCACCUAUCGUUUGAGCACUGGGUUUUUAACACAGAGGCCCACCCCCUCCCCGUCAUCAGGAAGGACAAGACAGACAGGCCCAAUGAAGUGGAGUGAUGGCUGCCGCCGCGUAGUCCUCUGUCCCACCUGGAACGACCUCUGACCCUGUACACCUGAGCCCAAAGCUGCGUAUCUUAAAGAGAUACACCAUUUGGCAGCCUCAGUGCUGUCGGAUGCCUCCUGAUAGAAUGUUCAUUAAUUUUCAUUUUCCCGGGAACGAGAAAAAAACUUCAGCUCAGUCUGUGUCGAGCUUUAGGUUUCGCCGCUCAAGGAUCAUGACUCCUCAGUCUCUAUUUUUAUUUGAUUUUCUUUCUUUCUCUCUCUCUCGCUCUCUCUCUCUCUCUUUUAUAGACAUACAGCUGUGGCUGAGUACAGAUCCUGGCCUAAAGCCCUCUAUUAACUAUUCAUUGUGAAGGAGAACACUGGAAGGUCUAAACUACUAAAAUCUCCUUUAUAAACCCUGUUGAACUCCAAUGGUUUCCACCAUGAACCCCCGACCCCCCAGAAUGAACAUAGUGUGUCUGAUUUAACAACUGGGUGGACUCUCUCUGUCUGUCUCUCUCUCUCUCUCUUUCUCUGUCUCCUCUGUUCUUUCUGCCGCUUCAGUGUUUGAAUGGGAACAGUCAGAACUCUUUCUCCUGAACUGGCAGUCGAGCCUGCUGCCUCCUGGACUUCUGCGUCGUGCUUGGAGUGACUCGUCUGUGUGACGGGCUCGUCCUCGACGUGAUGGGACAUCAUUCCGCUUCUUGUGAAUCCUCAAAAAACUUGACCUUUAUACCCCAGGCCCCCCGCAACCUUUCACUUUUCACACGGACUGCUGCUUCCUCUCUUCCUUCCAGUGAGUUUACGUGUGAGACGCAACUGCUCGCACCCGCACCACCUCCUUCCAGUCAGUGCUGUUCACUUCAACUUCACUAUGUUUACAGAUGGCCAUGUGCACCACCACCCCCUAGCCUGCCCCACCCUUUAUAAUAUUUAAUUUUUUACUGUCUUUCUGUCUGUUCACCUGUUUUCACUCUUCCUUCCCCCCAUUUUCCUCCCUGCUCCUUCUCCUCCUCUGCCUGUCUCUCCCAUCAUCCGUCCAUUUGUCCCCCAGUUCCUGUAUAGUGCAGGCUGUAGGAUCUUCUCUCCUCCGUGAGGAGACUUGGACUCUCAAGUUUGCUGUAAUAUUUUAAACGCCAGC